AUGUAUCCCCCGAAAAAUAGGGUGUCAACCACUGGAUCUGCCACGCGGGCGUCGAAAACGUUCGCGGGUUCGGCGGCGCCCUCCCCUUCUUCGUCGUCCGCAUCGAUUAUGUCAUCUCUGAAAAAGGCGACUGCUUCCAAGGCCACUCCAUCCAAGUCAUCAGUUCCGGCCAAAACUGCUGGCAACAGUGCGGCGAAGAAGUCGAAGGUGGCGCUAACGGUGCUGCCUGCGGAGUCGGAGGCUGCGUGCUCCGCGGUGGAGCCCAUAGUGGAAUUGGACCCAGGUAACCUUGAUGAACAUUCCGUGAAACAGGACCAAGACACGGCUGCCAACAUGGAGCUGCUGAACUGCCAGAGCUUUGCGAUACAGGAGUGCGGGCGCAACAGCGCCGCCUCAAGCGACGACUACCCCGACUUCACGGUCCAGGACCCGGAGCCAGGCUCGAAAACCUUUUUGAACACGCUCAAGACGCUGGUCGACAUAACGGGCUUCAGGAACGGCGACGUUGAGCCCCUAUCGAGAGCGACGUCGGGCAGCGUUGAGGGCGAGGGCUUUUCCAUCGUGACCCCGAUCUGCGACGCCACCUACGACCUGAUCAGCUCCUCGUCGCGCUUCAUCAGGGGCACCGCGGACGACGAAGAUGACGAGGAGCCUAGCGGUACGGCUGCAAAUGACGCCGAUAAGGGCACCGACGCGAGCACGGCCGCGCCUGGGAAGGCCACCUCCAACAGCACCUGGAACCUCCAGGGUCUGAGCAACUGGCUGUGA